GAUACAGUAAUGAGUUCUUUUUGUUUGAAAAAUAUUAAAUGCGACAACUUCAGGGGUAAGCCUCCGCCUGUGACCACUAAAGUGUGUUUUCAAAUUUCCUCUCCUUUAGAUAAACCCAAAGAGAGAAAUAUUACUUUAGUGCGGAAAGAGAGAGGAAAGUGGCGUUCAAAUUUUUGAAACAAGACCGCAGAGAGAAGAAAGGAAGAGACGAACGACUGAUUUCAGAAUCUGAUCCGAUCCCAGCUCAAAUCAGGCAAUAUGGCAGCCACUCCUGUUCGGAAGCCGCACACUUCCACCGCCGAUCUGCUCACCUGGUCCGAGCUCCCGGCCGCCGACUCCUCUUCCGGCACCGCCUCCCGCUCCUCCGCCCGCACUUCUCACCAGCCUUCUGAUGGAGUCAGUAAGGUGCUAUUUGGAGGCCAGAUCACUGAUGAAGAAGCUCAGAGCCUAAACAAACGGAAACCUUGUUCCGGGUAUAAACUGAAGGAGAUGAAUGGCAGCAACAUUUUUCUUGCUGACAGCGAGAAUGGCGACAUGGAUUCUGGAGCUGUUAAUGGAAAUGUAAACAACAGAACUUCUGUCCGUAUUGUUCAGCAAACUGCAAAUGGAAUCAGCCAGAUUUCAUUCAGCACUGAAGAAAGAAUUUCGCCGAAAAAGCCAACUACUAUACCCGAGGUGGCAAAACAACGUGAAUUGAGUGGAACGCUUGAGAGUGAAUCAGAUUUGAAAGCCACAAAGCAUCUGUCUGAUGCAAAGUGCAAGGAGCUUAGUGGGCAUGACAUCUUCGCUCCACCUUCCGAAGCACCUCCACUGUCGUUGACCGCUGCCCGCUCCAUUGAAUCAAAAGAAAGCAAAUUCAUGGGAGAGCCCACCCCGCGUAAUGUCCGCACUUCGGUCAAAGUUUCAAAUCCUGCUGGGGGCCAAAGCAAUAUCAUGUUUGGGGACGAACCGGUGGUGGAAGCAACAAAGAAGAUUCAUAACCAGAAGUUUGCAGAGCUGACAGGGAACGACAUCUUCAAGGGAGAUGUUCCCCCGGGGUCUGCCGAGAAGCAUCUUAGCAGAGCAAAGCUGAAGGAGAUGAGUGGCAAUGACAUAUUUGCCGACGGGAAGGUUCAAUCCCGCGAUUACUUUGCUGGGGUCCGCAAACCGCCAGGCGGUGAGAGUAGCAUUGCACUUGUUUAACCUCCAAUCAAUAGUCUCAUCAUCAAGCUGGUUUAUUAAGGUUUUAUGGCAAGUUAUUUGAUUUAUGUUCACACUACCACCCUUCCUGAUGGGUUCAUGUUAAUUAGGGAUGCGUGAGCCGUGGUGUGAUGACAAUUCCAAGGAUUUGAGUAGUGUUGGUAUUUUGGGAGUGUUGGUUAAACUAGUUUAGGUUCCAUUGGCCCCCUGUUUGCGUUUGCCUGUGUUUCCUAAUUUGUUAGUGUCACCUAUGCUUGAUUGAACAUAACGAUCACUUUGUGAAGAAUGCGGUGGGCAAAGGUUCUUUUG